AGCAGGCUGCCUCGGCUGCUGCUGCUGCGCCUCGUCCGAGCAGGCAGGGGAAGAAACUUCAAGCCCUCGCGCCGAGGAAGCAGAAAGCGCAGCGACAUGGCUUGCGGGCUCGCCUGUCACCUCCUGCUGGUCUUCCUGGCAGCCCUCGAAGGGGAGAGCAGGUACUUCGAGGCGAAGGACGAGGUGGCGGCCGAGGAAGAGCCCUUCCUGCUCCUCAACGCGGACCUGAAGCGGGAACUGUCCGAGGGCCAGCAGAUGUAUCGCCGGGCGCUGCGUUGCAUUGACAUGUUGAGUCUAGAAGGACAGUUCACCUUCACAGCUGAGCAGCCGCAACUGCACUGUGCUACGUUCUUCAUAGGUGACCCACAGGAGUUCAUCAUGAUAGACUUUGAUUUUGUCAACAUCGAUUGUCAAGCAGGAGAUUUCCUAAAGGUGUUCGAUGGCUGGAUAUUGAAAGGUGAGAAGUUCCCUAGCUCCCUGGAUCAUCCUCUUUCCACCUCUGAAAGAUACAUAGAUUUCUGUGAAGCAGGCCGCAUUAGGAGCACUAUCAGGUCAUCACAGAAUGUAGCCAUGAUCUUCUUCCGGAUUCACGAUCUAGGAAAUGGAUUCACAUUGACAAUAAGGAAAAAGCCCAAUCUUUUCCCUUGCAAUGUCAUCUCUCAGACCCCCACUGGAAGAUUUACCAUGGUUAUUCCUCAUCAGCACAGAAACUGCAGUUUUUCCAUAAUAUACCCAGUGGUGAUAAAAAUAUCUGACCUUAUGCUGGGACACUUGAAUGGCCUUCACUUAAAGAAGCCCUCUGCAGGUUGUGGGGGAGUUGGAGAUUUUGUGGAGCUAUUGGGAGGAAAUGGCUUAGAUCCUUCUAAGAUGUUCCCGUUAGCUGAUCUGUGCCACUCCUUCCAUGGCCCUGCCCAAAUGAAGAUUGGCUGUGACAACACUGUGCUGAGAAUGGUCUCCAGCGGCAAACAUCUCAAUCGGGUAACGUUUGAGUACCAUCAACUGGAUGAACAUGAACUGGAAAACAGAAAGGAGAAUAGCCUUGAGGAGUUCUGUCUUUCAAGUGUCUGAGAAGCCAAACAAGUCACUCUUUGUUGAAAUGUAAUGUUAAUUUUGAGCAGCUAAUUUUAUGAAACUGUUCUAGUGUAUAAACAUUUGUCUUUUCAUAAUAAAUCAUUAUUUCCAUGUUCAGAACAGUGUUAAUCAGAACAUUUGCAAAAUAUUGCCUACCCUCUCUAAGUGUAUUUAAUAUUUCCAAUAUACUCAAAUCUGUAUGAAUUCCAAAAGGAACAGUUGGGGACACGUACAGCUAUUAAUUUAAUCAAAAGAUAAGCACACAUAGAAAAUCAAAAUGUGUGUGUUGCAGUGCAAAUAUUUUUUUCUAACACUUGCUUGACUUUCUGAAACAAUUUUCAGUGCACAUGCAAAAUUUAAAACACCAUGAAGUUUAAUCAGCAGUUUCUCACCCUUUACAUCUGUUGCAAGUGCUUAAAAGACCCAUAUGGUGAAAUUACCAAUUUUAUAAGAGAACAUUCUGUAUUAGUGUGUGCAAAACUAACUGCUUGGUAAUUUAUUACUACACUAUAUGUAUGAUUGUUUUUAAUAAAAUUUAUAGCAUGAAAAAUGUUUCCCUUCUACUUGUCAAGACAUGAAUAAAUACAUUCAAAGAA